AGCGGAGCGGGGGGACCGGGGCGAGCUGCGGAAGGGGAGGGGGCGGCAGGCGAUUGGCUGCGGCGGCGGCGGCUCCUCUCCCAGCGCGGAGCGGCGGCGGCGGCGCGGAGCGGACCCGCCUGGCACCGGCGAGGAGGAGAAGCGGCGGCAGCGGGUUAUAAAAUCGUGGAAUCAUGGCUCAUUCAAAGACGAGAGCCAAUGAUGGAAAAAUCACAUAUCCUCCAGGAGUCAAAGAAAUCUCUGAUAAAAUAUCUAAAGAAGAGAUGGUGAGAAGGCUAAAGAUGGUUGUCAAAACUUUCAUGGAUAUGGACCAGGACUCUGAAGAAGAAAAGGAGCUCUACCUAAAUCUUGCUUUACAUCUUGCUUCAGAUUUUUUCCUCAAACAUCCUGAUAAGGAUGUACGUUUGUUGGUAGCAUGUUGUCUUGCUGAUAUUUUCAGAAUUUAUGCCCCUGAAGCUCCAUACACUUCCCCAGAUAAACUAAAGGAUAUAUUUAUGUUCAUAACAAGGCAACUUAAGGGUUUAGAAGAUACAAAAAGCCCCCAGUUUAAUCGAUAUUUUUAUUUGCUUGAGAAUAUUGCUUGGGUCAAGUCUUAUAACAUAUGCUUUGAAUUAGAAGACAGCAAUGAGAUUUUUACACAGUUGUACAGAACGCUCUUUUCAGUAAUAAACAACGGUCAUAACCAAAAAGUGCACAUGCACAUGGUUGAUCUGAUGAGCUCUAUCAUUUGUGAGGGAGAUACUGUGUCACAGGAACUUUUGGAUACAGUGUUAGUUAAUCUAGUGCCAGCACAUAAGAAUUUAAACAAGCAAGCCUAUGAUUUAGCAAAGGCUUUACUAAAGAGGACAGCACAAGCAAUUGAACCAUACAUUACUAAUUUCUUCAAUCAAGUCCUCAUGCUUGGUAAAACAUCUAUUAGUGACCUGUCAGAGCACGUGUUUGACUUGAUUCUGGAGUUAUACAAUAUAGACAGUCACCUCUUGCUUUCUGUUCUGCCACAGCUUGAAUUCAAACUUAAGAGCAAUGACAAUGAAGAACGGCUGCAGGUUGUAAAACUUCUAGCAAAAAUGUUUGGGGCCAAGGAUUCAGAGUUGGCAUCUCAAAACAAACCGCUUUGGCAGUGCUACUUGGGGAGGUUCAAUGAUAUCCAUGUUCCUAUUCGUCUUGAAUGUGUGAAAUUUGCAAGUCACUGCCUUAUGAACCAUCCCGACCUAGCAAAAGAUUUAACAGAAUAUCUUAAAGUGAGGUCACAUGAUCCUGAAGAGGCCAUAAGGCACGAUGUUAUAGUAUCUAUAGUUACUGCUGCUAAAAAAGACCUUUUGCUUGUCAAUGAUCAUCUGCUUAAUUUUGUCAGAGAACGAACUCUGGACAAGCGGUGGAGAGUAAGGAAAGAAGCUAUGAUGGGACUCGCACAGAUAUACAAGAAAUAUUCGUUACAGUCAGAAGCAGGAAAAGAAGCUGCAAAACAGAUAUCGUGGAUAAAAGAUAAACUUCUACAUAUAUAUUAUCAAAACAGUAUUGAUGACCGAUUACUUGUGGAACGCAUCUUUGCUCAGUACAUGGUCCCUCACAACUUGGAAACAAAUGAACGAAUGAAAUGUUUAUAUUACCUUUAUGCAACACUGGAUUCAAAUGCUGUGAAAGCAUUGAAUGAAAUGUGGAAAUGUCAAAAUCUGCUACGACAUCAAGUAAAGGAUUUAGUUGACCUAAUAAAACAACCCAAAACAGAUGCCAGCAGUAAGGCUAUAUUCUCAAAAGUGAUGGUUAUAACAAGGAACCUUCCUGAUCCAGGGAAAGCUCAAGAUUUCAUGAAAAAGUUCACACAAGUUCUGGAAGACGAUGAAAAAAUAAGAAGUCAGUUAGAAAUGCUUGUUAGCCCAACGUGUUCUUGCAAACAGGCCGAAGGAUGUGUGAGAGAAAUAACAAAGAAGUUGGGUAAUCCAAAACAGCCAACAAAUCCUUUCCUGGAAAUGAUAAAGUUUCUUCUUGAGAGAAUUGCUCCUGUGCACAUUGAUACUGAAUCUAUCAGUGCCCUUAUCAAGCAAGUAAACAAGUCUAUAGAUGGAACAGCUGAUGAUGAAGAUGAGGGUGUACCUACUGACCAGGCGAUCAGAGCAGGUCUUGAAUUGCUUAAGGUACUUUCAUUUACGCACCCAAUCUCAUUUCAUUCAGCUGAAACUUUUGAAUCUCUUCUGGCUUGCUUGAAAAUGGAUGAUGAAAAAGUGGCAGAAGCUGCAUUACAAAUUUUCAAAAAUACAGGAAGUAAAAUUGAAGAAGACUUUCCUCAUAUACGAUCUGCUUUGCUUCCAGUGUUGCAUCAUAAAGCUAAAAAGGGACCUCCUCGUCAAGCCAAGUAUGCUAUUCACUGCAUCCAUGCAAUAUUUUCCAGUAAAGAAACACAGUUUGCACAGAUAUUUGAGCCACUGCAUAAGAGCCUGGAUCCAAGCAAUUUUGAGCAUCUUAUUACGCCGUUGGUUACUAUUGGCCAUAUAGCUAUGCUAGCACCUGAUCAAUUUGCUGCCCCUUUGAAAUCUUUGGUUGCCACUUUUAUUGUUAAAGAUUUGCUAAUGAAUGAUAGGCUUCCAGGAAAAAAGACAACAAAACUUUGGGUCCCAGAUGAAGAGGUGUCUCCUGAAACGCUUGUUAAAAUUCAGGCCAUCAAGAUGAUGGUUCGAUGGUUACUAGGAAUGAAGAACAACCACAGCAAGUCAGGAACUUCUACUCUGAGGUUGCUAACAACAAUAUUGCACAGUGAUGGAGAUUUAACAGAGCAGGGGAAAAUUAGUAAACCCGACAUGUCUCGGUUGAGGCUGGCUGCAGGGAAUGCUAUUGUGAAGUUGGCACAAGAACCUUGUUACCAUGAAAUCAUCACCUUAGAACAGUACCAGCUGUGUGCACUAGCCAUAAAUGAUGAAUGUUACCAAGUGAGACAAAUAUUUGCUCAGAAACUUCACAAAGGCCUUUCCAGGCUACGGCUGCCACUAGAAUAUAUGGCUAUUUGUGCACUGUGUGCAAAAGAUCCGGUGAAGGAGAGAAGAGCUCAUGCUAGGCAGUGCCUUGUGAAGAACAUAAAUGUCAGAAGGGAGUAUCUGAAGCAACAUGCAGCAGUUAGUGAGAAACUGUUGUCACUCUUGCCAGAGUAUGUUGUUCCUUAUACUAUCCAUCUUCUAGCUCAUGACCCAGAUUAUGUCAAAGUCCAGGACAUUGAACAACUCAAGGACAUUAAAGAGUGCCUGUGGUUCAUAUUGGAAAUAUUGAUGGCUAAAAAUGAAAACAACAGUCACGCCUUUAUCAGAAAAAUGGUAGAAAAUAUCAAACAGACUAAGGAUGCUCAAGGACCAGAUGAUCCAAAAAUGAAUGAAAAACUAUACACAGUCUGUGAUGUAGCAAUGAAUAUCAUUAUGUCAAAGAGUACGACAUACAGUUUGGAAUCCCCUAAAGACCCUGUACUUCCAGCCAGAUAUUUUACUCAACCUGACAAGAAUUUCAGUAACACCAAAAACUAUCUUCCUCCGGAAAUGAAGUCUUUUUUCACUCCUGGAAAGCCCAAAGCAGCCAAUGUUCUUGGAGCAGUUAAUAAGCCUCUUUCAUCAGCAGGCAAGCAGUCUCAAUCCAAAUCUUCACGAAUGGAAACUGUAAGCAAUGCCAGCAGCAGUUCAAAUCCAAGCUCUCCAGGAAGGAUCAAAGGGAGACUUGACAGUACUGAAAUGGACCACAGUGAAAAUGAAGAAUUCACACUGACUUCACCCUUACCAGGGAAGAAAACCGACAAAAGGGACGACUCUGAUCUUGUAAGGUCAGAGAUGGAGAAGCCUAGAGGAAGGAAGAAAGCAGCUAUCACAGAUUCAGAAGAGAAAUUAAACAUAGAUGACCUGAAUAAACUGGGUCAAGAGCAGAAACUUAGAGGUAGUCAGCGGGGAAAGAAGAGACCUGCAGUUGUUUCAGAAUCUGAUGAAACACAAUGGCAAGAGGAAAAAAGGCUAAAAGAAGAUGUAAUAGAAAGUGAGGAUGAACAGAACAGUCCACCAAAGAAAGGGAGAAGAGGACGCCCUCCCAAAACAAAUAAUGGGGCAACACCAAAGGAAGAACCAGUGGCAAAGUCAACAAAAAGGAGCAAAAAAAAACAACCGCCAGCAGCUGCAGCAGAAGAGGAGGAGGAGGAGGAAGAACGGCAAACUGAAAACAUUGAACAAAAACCAAAAGGCAGGCAAAAUAGGACACAGAAAAGAACACAGCAGAGAGCAGAACCAUCUGAAACUAGUACAGUUGAAUCAGCCCAGUCUACGCCCCAGAAAAGACGAGGAAGGCGAUCAAAAACACCACCAUCACAGCCAAAAAAAGUCCGUGCAGGACGUUCCAAACAAGCAGCCAGUAAAGAGAAUGAAUCCAGUGAAGAGAUGGAUGUAUUUCAGAGUAAUUCACCUGUCAGCGAUGACAUUCCCCAGGAGGAAGCAAUGGAAGAAGAAGAAGUUUCCACAAUCAAUGUCCGUCGCAGAACUUCUAAAAGGGAAAGGCGAUGAGUGAGCAUGUAGCUGUCAGCCUUCCAGGUGAAAGCUUUGAAGAGUGCUUUUAAUAUAAAGCUUGAGACUGAAUGAAGCUGUUAGUGCACAAAUGGGGUUGCUGAAAAAAAAAAAAAGAAAACCUAUUUUACUGCCCCUGCAUUUGCAGUCCCUAGGUCACAAGCUUUAGCCACACACAUGUUGAUAUCAUUAACUGUGGAUUUUUGUGAAGUGUAAUGUGCGCUGGCUUUGUAGACAUAUGAACUAAAGAAGAAAACUGUACAUAGCUCUUUUUUUAAUGUUUCUGACUUCUAAAGUGCUUGUAUAGCUUUUAUCUGCGGCUUUAAACUGACAGUACCCCACUGUUUAUUGGAUCUAUUGAUUUAAAAAGGAACACAGUUUGUUGAAAAUUGAUCUCAAGCAAUAUCUGUCAGUGUUUGUAUUUGUACUCUCGUUGACAUUUAACUGUGAAAAAAAAAUCAGUUGAACAAAUAGUGCCACUUUCUUUUGCCACUGUUUGUUGAGAAGAAGAAGAAAAGAAAAACGGUCUUUGUUUCUUCAUGAACUUAACCUAGUGUUUACUUUUAGGCACCUACCUAUCAUCAAAGGUGCUAAAUUACUUUCUUUUACAGUUGAACAGUGUUGGAACAAGAGAUGCAAGUUGUGAAAGAAGUUGUUUGACUUGUUUUACACCUCAGUAUUGACACCAGACAUUUCUGGACUUCGAGUGGCAUUGAAAAUUCAGAAAGGAUUUAAAUAUUUUAAUUUUAAAAUGUGUUAUUAAAUAAUGUACUGAACACCCUACCCAUUUUAUCUUCCCCUAUCAGUUUUUAUUAAUCUACUGUAUCAAUAAAAUUCUGUAACUGAAUUUUUAAUAGUCUAGUAUGUUAAUGUGUAUAGAUAUUUCCUUCUGAACAUGACGUUCACAGAGCAAAUUAUUACUACAUUAUAAUAUGAAAUCUGAUAUAUAAACAUUAGUGAAAUACAGUUCUUAUUGCAAUGUAAAGUUAAUCACAAAGAAAAAUUUUAUUGAUGCAGUGUGUCUUUAUAAAGCUGUUCUUGAGAGCCAAGUGUUUUGUAUUUUAUAGUGAAGUUGCAUGUUUAUGAAAAAUGUGCUGAAAAUGGGAUGUAAUGUUUUUUCGGAAACUCGUAUCUAGCAGUAGUGUAUGGUAGGUUGCCUCAUGAGAGAACCUUUUAUUGAGAGUUUAUUGUACUUUUCUGGGGUUUUUUGGGUUUUGAGCCAAAUUUUUUUUGGUAUGAAGAGCUAAGUUUUUGUUGAAUUAACCAGUUUUUGAUUAUUGCAGUCAAGGUAUUCAAGAUUUGAAUGAAGCUCCAUUUUUAUUUUGUGCUACCACAGAGAGGUGUGGUUUUUGGUCUGUUUUUUUGAUUUUUUUUUUUUAAUUUGUAUAAUCUGCAAAAGAAUAGAAACAAAAUACUUAAAGCAGUAUCGUAUGCAGUUUUACAGUUUACAAACUGUGUCUUUGAACCAAAAUGUAUAGGUUACUACACCAUGCUUAGCCAAACACAUACUACAGUUCCAGGUGCUGUUCUCCCUCUGGUUCCCUACAGUUGACAAUGUGUGAAAAAAAAAAAUCAGUUUUUUACUUAGGAAAAUUUUUUCUCAUUGAAUAGUGGAGCAUUUUCACAUAAUCCAUCAAUAAAUAAGUUAUAGUUGCAGGGUGGCCUGUGAAGAUUAGAGGAAAGGAUAAUUACUAAAACUCCGAUUUACUGAUUUCCAAACUAUCAGAUCACUGGUAAAGGAACUUCUAGAAUUUUUUCAUUGUGCAUUUUUUUUCUGUUACCGAUGGGAAAAGGUAUUAUAAACAGAUUAUUCUGCCUCAGCUUAACUCCCCCCUCCAGUAUUCAGCUUUUCAAAAUGUGUACCUAUAGAUAUGGGGGAAAUGCUGCCUAAGAAGGCAAUUAUAGUUGAUAUGAAUUUACUUUGAAAUAGUUGGCACAAUGGAACCAGCUUACGUAUGCUUCAGCAGUGCAAGUGCAAGUUGUUGGGGUUUUUUAUGGUAUUAAGUGAUUGAAAGCUAGCUUUAUAUUUUCCUCUUUUGACAGAAUUGCACUGAAAACGUUUAUGGAAGAUGUACCUUUAAGUCCAUUUUAUACAAAAAAAAAUGAAAAAUUAAUGCUGAAACUGCUGCACACUCUUGAGGCUUUAUGUGCAUAAACAUGGUUAAGCUAAGCUUCAUUGAAUAUUGAUGCACAUUAUUGAUCGUAAUGUUUAAUGUAAACUUAAACUAUAGUUUUGCAAUUUAAAUGUUGAUUUCUUGGGUUAUAAUGUGUAAUUCAUUAUUUCUUGAGAAAUAGGCACAGCAAAUUUUUCAUUCUUAUGCUCAAACCUCUUCUAAGUUAAUUUUCAUCUCAUAUAAAGAAAAUGAAUAUUUUAUGUACUAACAUUUUGAGAUCUGCGUACAGUAGCUACAGUAGAGUAUAAUUAUGUAUAAAAGAUAAAUUGCUAACAUUCAGUUAGCAUGCUCUUCUUCGAUGAUAAUGUUAAGUUUAUAAAAAUGUACUGUAUUACAUUAAAAGAUCAAAUUGAACUCACUGUAACAAGUUCCAGUAUGAAAUUUUUAUGAGAUUACCGAAGUAUCUUGCUGUACUUUGCAGCAAAUUAGGCUUAUUUGUGUUAUAUUUCCAUUUCUUGCUGCAGUGCAACAGGAAACUCUCAGUGAUCUGUAGUCCGUAUGCAAAGUGGAAACAGUGACUGUAAUCUUGAUACCAUUGUUUAAGAAUAAUUCACUCUGAUUCCAGAGCAUGGGGUUUUUCAUUUAUCACUAACUGAGAUGAUUAAUAUGUAGGGCUAGCUAAUCCACUAAUAGGAAGGAGACAUGAAGUUGCUUGAAAAUUCUAGUGCAAGUACACCUCUUCCACCUAGGAUAAUCUCUUAUAGUUAAUGAUAUAGUUAAUGUUUUAACUAUACCUGACUCUGCCAAUUGACUUUAUUUUCUAGCAAAAAUGAACCCUUUUUCAAAUAUUUUGACAUUUGCUGUUUUGACAUUUCUAUGUGAACAAAACCAUUAGAAUUUAAAAAAAAAACAUUCAUUUUUAUUAAAGGUAUUUCCACUGAAAAUGCAUAUGCUUAAUUUGUGAAUAUUUGCAAAAAAAUUAGACUUGAAGAGUAAGUACCUCUAUCUAACAUAGCAUUUGUCAUCUAAUAUUCUAAAAAAACAACAACCAAACCAAACAACUGCAAGCUUCACACACUUAUGUGUGCACAGUUUUCUUGCUAUUUUUUUUGCCCAUGUAGGUUUUAACAUAUUAUCAGAGUCUGCUUUUGUGAACACACGCACAAUAGGUUUUGGAUCCUGCAAGUUGUACAUCCUUAUGGUUCUGUGGGGUUAGUUCUUAAAUGCAUUUAUCCUAUGCAAAUAUAAGUACAAAGCAAAGUACAUUGAUAUGUUUAAAUAUUCUAACACUCACAUGCACAGGGCAUGUAAUGAAAGGAGCAUACGUGUAUCUUAAA